UCCCCAUCGCCAUGCCAAUGAACAAACUCGGACCAGCCAUCCAAGCCGGAAACAGCAUCAUUCUCAAGCCCUCCCCUUUCACACCCUACACGCUUCCCAAGAUAUGUGAAUUCGCCCAACAGCUCUUCCCACCGGGAGUGAUCCAAUGCCUUGGCAGCAGCGACGACGACGAGUCGCACAAUUUGGGAAGCUUGAUGACGCAGCACCCGGGGAUUGGGAAGAUUUCCUUAACGGGGUCAGUGAGCACGGGGAAGAAAGUGAUGGCUGCGUGUGCGGGAACGUUGAAGCGCGUGACGUUGGAAUUAGGUGGGAAUGAUGCGUGUAUUGUGUGUCCUGAUGUGAGGGAUAUUGAGCAUGUCGCGGGGGAGAUAGUGCUCAGUGCGUUUUUGAAUACGGGGCAGGUGUGUGUGGCUACGAAGAGGGUUUAUAUUCAUGAGGAUGUUUAUGGGGUGGUGAGAGAUGCGAUUGUUAAUAAGGUGAGGGAGAUGAAGGUCGGUGAUGGUGCUGUUGAGGAUGGGGUCAUGGUUGGACCGGUGCAGAAUCGGAUGCAGUUUGAGAGAGUGAAGGGGUUGGUUGAUGAGGUGAAAAAAUUGGGAUAUGAGGUUUUGGCGACUGGACAGAAGUAUGGCUUUGAUGGAGUGGGUGAAGGUAAGCAGGAGGGGGGAUAUUUUCUACCCUUGAUGGUGGUAGAUAAUCCGCCUAGGGAGUCGAGACUCGUCCGUGAGGAGCAGUUUGGCCCCAUCCUCCCCCUUCUGCGAUGGAGCUCGGAAUCAGAAGUCGUCCACUGGGCCAAUGAUACCCCUACUGGACUGAGCGCGAGUGUCUGGUCCGGUGAUAUAGCGAGGGCUCGUCGAAUUGCCGCCCAGUUGGAUGUGGGUAGUGUCUACAUCAACAGCACGCAGAAACCAAGCUUUCAGGGUUUGUUUGGAGGACACAAGGAGAGUGGAAUUGGCGUGGAAUUUGGACAGGCGGGGUUGUUGCAAUAUUGCAACGCCAAGUCGACCUAUAUUUCUUUUUAG